AUGUUCUACCUUCCUUUCACCUUUCACCUCUCAACACUCUGCAUCUUCAUUAGCUGGGAACGAUUCACACACACAUACACACAGAAGCUCUCUCUGUCUCUCUCAUCAACUUCGACCUCGAUCUCAAUGCCCUUCUGCUGCAUCCACGGCCCAUGCGGCCAUAAUUCUGAUCAGUGCCGCUUCGCCAAGCGAGUGCGCCUGGCCCUUGCCGAGGAGAAGCUUUCGGCCCCCGGCCCUGCCAGCAAGCAUCCUGGCCCCUCUUUGGAGGACGAGACACCGGCCCCCAAGAGGGCCAAGGACAUUAACAAGAAGGAGGAAGAGAAGAAGAAUGAGGAAGAGAAGGAGAAGGAGACCUCACAGGUGGCCCCUAAGGGAAAUAAGGCCCUGGCCAAGAAGGCCAAAAGGGCCCAAAAGCAGAAGGAGGCUCGGGCCCGCAAGCGGGCAGAGACGAGAGCUGCCAAGGAGGCAGCGAAGGCCUUGACCUCCGUUAAAAAAAAAAAUAGUAUUUUUACAUGUUAUUAUUUUACUGUGUCCUUUUUCUUUGAAAUGAUGUGGCCCAAGGCCCGGACACAAGACAUUCCACCGUAG